AUGCCUCAAGAUUCUGUUAUUAACCCUGAUCGAGAAUUACUCGUGAUUGGAAUCAUCUAUACCGUACUCUCGGCUAUAGUGUUCCCAGUCUAUGUACUAAUAAUUCAUGCUCUUCAUUCAAGACACGAUCUUCGCGAGAAUAUAUCUUACAAACUGAUAAAUCUGCUCAACUAUUGCGAUGUGUCUCAAGCCUUCUGCCAUUUCCUAACUGGAAUUUUUCUGAUUUUUCCGGUGUUCAUUUCAAAAGUCGAUUUCUUUGUUAGAAUUGUUGGAUGCACAGCUAACACUCUUUGGCUAGCAACGUUUGUGAUUAUGGCUAUUUUAUCGACCACGAGAAUCGGAAUCGCUUUCUUUAAAACCAAACCAACCAAAUGGUCGCCAUGGAUGAUUAUUUCUCUUGUAAUCGGUUGUGUCUAUAUCUUUCUGGUAUGGGUCAUCGGUUGUAUUACUCAGAACUUCAUGUUGACUGGUCCCAAUUGGUCUUACGACAUGACCGUAAAAUUCGCUGAGCUUUUUGCUGACCUAGAACUUGCCCUAUGCUUCCCAACUCUUAUGCUCAGUUUCUGUUCUUAUAUUUUGAUUAUCUACAGUAUCUACAAGAAAAGGCGUGUGUCGCAAACAUUGUCGUCCUCUCUACGGACAGAAAUAGGAAUUCUUGUCCAGGCAACGAUUCUCACGACUUACAUGGCUCUUUUGAUUACUUUUUGGCACAAUGCAGAAUCUUGGUUCAAAAUGACCAAUUUCACUUUGGCAGCUCUAAAUUGUGUAUGGAUCUUGUUUUCUCAUCUCAACUCUGUUUUGCUCAUCGCCACGAACAAAGGAGUUCGAAAUCAGAUUCUCAAGAUUUUCUGCAAAUCAGAACGGUCUAGACAUACUUCCAGACUUGCUCCUUUGUCACACGUGAGCUCUGCAAUGAUGGUGGAAACUCGAAGCAAUGUAUGA